GAUGACGUAACAACAGUAAAACAUUGAAGCAGAAGAACAAAAAGAGUUGGAAGGGCAUAGAAAAAAAAAGUGGGGGAUGAUGAGUUUGGUGGCCAAUGAGAAUUCCUCUCUUUUUACAACUCUGUAGUCUGUAGAAUUGAUUCUUAGAUUCUCAUUUCUUUCAACUCCUAUUAAAAUUUUCUCAUUUCCCCCAAAUUUCUAGGGUUUUUUCAACAACAUAAACCCUAGAAAAAAAAAUUACAUGCUUGUUCAAAUUCUGGAAAAAUUACUAAUCUGCCGAUUUCUUCUCUCCAUUUUUAUGUGCAUGUAUUAAACAAUGUGGUUCAUCAUCAUCUCUAUCUUCAGUCGCUGAAUUUCUAAUUUUUUACAGUGUUGGGGUUUCUGUAAAAAAAAUUGAGGAAGGAGAGAGAGAGAGAUUAUGGGGACUUGUGAAGAAAUUGGUCCAAUUGAUGAAACCCAGAAUGAAAUUAAAUUGGGGAUUUCAUCAAAUGGGACCCACAAUGAUGAACAUUGUGAAGAAGAUGGAGAUCAGCCUACAGAGGAGGAGGUUCUUGCACAACAGUUUGAAAGUGUAAUCUUGCAAGGGAAUGAAAGUGAGGUGAAGAUUGAGGGAGAAGAAAAGGAACAGGAGGAACAAGGAGAUGGGAAAUUACAUUUUUACCCUUUGAGACCUUAUGCUGUGGAUUGUUCCUUUUAUCUCAAGACUGGUACUUGCAAGUUUGGCCAAAACUGUAGAUUCAAUCACCCAUCAGAGAGGGCUUUUCAGCCUGUUCAGGACCAGGAGAAAGGAACUGAUGAAAACAAUGGAACAAUUUUUGAUACUGGGAAGAUUGAUUGCAAGUAUUUCCGAACACCAGGAGGAUGCAAGUAUGGAGAUGCUUGCAGAUAUAAUCACUCUGCACAGAGAGUAGAGAGAGAAGGUCCCGAGCUUAACUUUCUUGGUUUACCAGUAAGACCGUCGGAGCAAGAGUGCACCUUUUACUUGCGCACUGGCUCCUGUGGCUAUGGGGCUAAUUGCAGGUUUCAUCAUCCUGAUCCUACUGCAGCAAAAGAAUCUGAGCCCAGAAACUCCUUAGUUAAUGGCGUAUAUGCGAGAGGUGGAAACAAUAUGUCUCGAAUGUAUGUUGGUGAGCCUGGAGUAUCACGGAGUAUCUCAGAGUUGUCAAAUGGCAUAAAUUCGAUGAAUGGUUUACCUUAUGCGGGGAUGAGUCCUUAUCAUCAAGUGAUUACCCAAAACGCUGGCUGGAACCAUGAUCAGGCCGACCUUUCUUUGUCAGUGAAAAAGACGCCUCUUCCACAUCAAAUUGUCAACACUAUCUCAAAGAAAAUAGAUUCUUCAAUAAAUUAUGAACAAGUAAUCCAAUCCGAAGAGUUUCCUGUACGACCUGGGCAACCUGAUUGUGACUAUUUCAUGAAAACUGGAGACUGCAAAUACAGAGCUGCUUGUAGGUAUAACCAUCCAGUAAGUCGAGACUCUAAGCUACGUCUGCCGCCACUUUCCUCAAAAGGCCUGUGUUCAAAAUCUAGAAACCAUGAGCUUCCUAAUCUAAAUUCUGGCAAUCCAAGAAAAAAUGGAACACCUUCUCAUCAGCAGCAGCAACUGCAGAAUGGACAGUACCCCGAACGACCUGGACAGCCAGAGUGUGAGUACUUCAUGAAAACUGGCAACUGUAAAUUUAAAUCUGCAUGUAGAUACGACCAUCCAAGGGACCGAAUUUCUACUUCCUCACCAUGUUCUCUCAAUGAAUCGGGCCUUCCUCUAAGACCUGGUAGCAAAAUCUGCCGGAACUAUGAGGUGCAAGGUACAUGCAAAUAUGGUCGUAAUUGUCUGUUUCAUCAUCCUGAUAACGGCUUACUAGCAGUUCCAGUUGAUCCAGCCCCAGUUCAAGAACAUAGUUCGUCAUCCAAUCUUGUAGUUGCUGCUGAAAUGGAGUCUGCUGGCGGCGACAACGUUCAGUCUGAUUGGGGUGAUGGCUGGGUAAUGUAAGGUCUUCCAGUGAGAAACUAUCAUGGAAUUUUUGGCAACAUUGCUGGCAUAAUUGUUAAGAAAGGAAAUGCCGACUUCAGUUUUUGCAAGUUGCACCUACAUACUUAUCAACUCCAGGAGAAUUUGACAUCUUUUUGUGGUUGCUUAGAAUACCCUUGCCUUUGAGAAAAUAAUUUAUAUAUAAAUACUUAUCCCAUCUACACAAAUAACUGUUAAUCCAUGUUAUUUGCCAUUGGAAUUUGCUAGAACAGAGAAUAGAGGUGAGAAAAACUUUCGUGAAUCCGGUUCACCCUCGUUUUUGCCAGUCGUCAUUGUUUGUUGUAUUAUAUACUUGAUAUCGUUGAUUAUGGGAAGCAGAUUGCAACGCAAUCGGUAGAUUAUAAAGAAAUUUUACUGGCUAA